AUAGGGUUAGGGUUAGUGUUAGAUAUAUAUGUACAUGUUUUCCGGCAGCCCGUGAACGCAGCAGCGGCGGCAUCAUCAGAGCGGAGGUCGGCGGCAGAGUCUCUGAAGUUUCCCUCUCUUUUGACGUGAUUCAGGACUUUACUCAUGAGCGACUUUGAGGAGAGAGAUUUCUUCUGGAAAUCCUGGAAGAAGAAGAAGAAGAAGAAGAAGAAGAAGCAGCAGCAGCAGCAGCAGAAGAAGAAGAAGAAAAAGAAGGAGGAGGAGGACGACGACGACGACGACGACAACAGAGUGAGAAAUGUGAUGGUGGAGCAGAAAGAGAUGAAGAAACCGGCUCAUGGUUUAAACAACUGUUUGUUCUUGACGCAGCAGAAAGUAACAAACUCUGAUCUCUGCAGUGAACAAUCACAGAGGAAGAAGAAGAAGGUGGUGUUUGAUUUGUCAGCAGGUCACGUCCCAAUCAAACGUCCCAGGUUUGUCUCCUCAUCACCUGGAAGCAGCCGGGGUCAAGCACAGGUCAGCGACGAUGACGUCAACAGUCAGGACCUCUUCAUCACGCAGAAGAUCUUCAGGCAGCCAAUCACAGAGCUGCACUCCCCUGAAGGUCAGGGAAGGUCACACGCGUGUCUUCAGGACGAAGAUCAGAGCCCGGUCUUCACGCUGCAGAAGACGGAAUCUUUGUCUUUCCAGAGAUUCACGGAGUCAAAACUCAAGCGGGUGAGAAGACCCGAUCCACUGGCGGCAAGCUCCGCCCCCCCGGAUGUGAUGGACUCACAGACGCAGUGCUGUCCGUCAAAGCGACAGUCAGGUGGACCUUCACCUCUUCGUCACGUGACCACACAGACGGAGAACUUGUUCACCCCCCGACUCUCUUCGUAUCUCCUUUUCUGCCAAACACGUGGAGCGGUGCAAAACGUCACGCCACUGGACCUAAGUCUGCCCACCAGAACCAGGAACCACCUGGGCCUGGACCUGAGUCUGCCCACCAGAACCAGGAACUACCUCGACCUGGACCAGAGACCGGCCUCUCUGCCAUGGUCUCAGGUGAAGGAGGAGGCGGAGUCUUCAGGUGAUCGGUGUAAAGACAAAGCGUCUGAGUCUGGGGUCAAAUCUGUCGACGCGACGAUGUCCGGCGAAGACGGCGAUCCAACGUGUGGCACAGGAAGACUGGACCUGACCCAGGUCAGAGCUGUUCAGACGAGACUCAACGAGUCGUUCUUCUUCAAGACCAAAGGAGACGAACACACACACAGACCUGAGUCUCCACUGAUGAAGCUCACGCUGGGCAGAGACAUGAAGAGCAGGAAGUCACUGAGGUCAGACGAAGGUCACUGAGGUCAGACGAAGGUCACUGAGGUCAGACUCUGUGACCGUGAGAUAUAGAUGUGAUCAUGUGACGAACAGAUCACAGACUUAAACUGACAGAGAUUUCAUGACAAGUCUUUCGUGAAGAGACAGAUGUUUGUGUCUGUGCUGGCGGCCACGAUGGUUGAUGUUUCAGUUCAGGUUUGUUUCCAGGUUUAAAACUGUUUCAUGUUUACCUUCACUCAGGUUCUUGUGAAAGUUCACUUUGAUUUUGUCAGUGUGUGACAUCACUGUGACGUCACGCAGUGAUGUCAUGUCGGUGUGUGUGACAAGUUCAAAUGUAUUUACUGCAGAAAGUGUUUCUAUGAACAUACAUUUUAUUGUUUUUUUCGUUGUCUGGACAUCCAAAUACAGGCUGUGAUGAGGUCAAAGGUCAUUUCUGAACAACUGUACGUUACCACGGCAACAGUCAGAUUAUCACAGAGGUUUUCAUUUGUUAUUAAACAGAAUCAUCAUUGA